AUGGGAAUCGUGGGUUUGUGGCCCUUCGUUCGAAACAAGGGCUACGAGGCAGAUGUUUACUCUCCAUUCCUUACCUCUAAGCUCAAUGACAACACAAUCUCCGGCAUUCAUCGUGUUGAUAUCAUGGCAUCAUUUUACAGUACCAUCCGUUUUGCCUAUACCAAUCACCCUCCAGAUAUUGCUCACACUAUACUCGAAAGCAAAAUAACAAGCUAUGGAAUUCCUCGAUCCUCAUGGCUGUACCUCGAUGGGAUAGCACCGAAAGAGAAGUUAAUGAAGUAUCGGAAGCGGAUGCUGGAUCGCGAGAUAGCGAGUCAGAAGGCUCAAGAAACUCUCAAAAUAUUGGAAAGCAUCAUCAAAGAACGACCUCAGAGUCCCAAGGGUUGGAAUAUAAAAGAAUGUCCCUAUGAGGCUGAUACGGCCAUUGCGGACGAGACAAUGCCCGGUGAUGUAGUGAUCUCCGCUGAUGGUGACAUAGAUCAACUCACAGUGCUAUGCAUUAUAUCCUCCAAUGAUUAUAACCGCAACGUACCAACCCUUGGACUAGUCACCAAUUUUAAGAUUGUCAAGUCAUUGACACCAGAAGAUCCGGCUACUAUGGUUCAGAACUAUCUUCAACACGAGCAAGUCAUCAGCGAAGAUGUCUCCACUAAUCAGUUUGAGCCAGCUUUAGACGUCUUUGUGUUUCGAAAGCAGACGAAGCCACUCACCGAUAUUCCAGCUGUUGAUGGGGCUAUCACAAUAUAUAUCGAUCUUGAGAAAAAGUUUAAUGAUCUUCGCGAUUUACUAAAAGAGAGAAAGGAUGAGCAACGUGCUCUGAAGGAUCAAAAUAGGAGAUACAAGUAUAGAAAACGCUUCUCGCUCAAAACUCGUACACGUCUUUUAGAACAUGAGCCCCCGGAAAAAAUGAAACAGUAUGUUCUGAAACCAUGGACUUCGCGCGAUCAGAGUGACAGUAAGCCGCCCAAGAAGAAGCAACGCAAAGAGAGGAAAAAAUUGAGAGCUCUGGAUAAAAGAAGGCUGGUCGAAGCAAUGCAAUCAGUGCUCCUAUUCGGACCAUUCGAAUGGAUAUCAGGAUUCGAAUGCUAUUCGAAUCGAACCAGGAUAUGGCUUAUUCGAAUCAAAUCGAAUAGGAGCACUGGCGGCUAUAGAUCAGAAGACCGCAAAGGGUUCAAGGGAUACAAAGCCAGAACGUCAACGAUACUCAUCCAGGAAAUGGUUGACCAUAUAAGAUAUAUCCAGGAUGACGAUUUCGACCCUAGUUUAUAUCAAGAGCGUGACUACGUCCUAAGAGGCUCGAUUCGGACUGACGGUUUCCUUCUUCAACUUAUUGCAUUCAAACUAAAGGAGCUUAAUGCAGUCAAAUACAAGCGCCUGCCUGAGGAGAAGCUUCCGUCUCGUCUCACGUCCACCCUCGGAGGAACAGGAGAUUUUCUCACCGAAAUCAGAAAUGUGACAGAUAAAGGCAAAGGGAUCGAUACGUCAAUCAGGAAACCGACUGAUAAAGACACUAAGUCACAUUCUGCUACAAGGUUCUACAACUUGGCUAUAAGCCAAAAAGCAGCGUACCAACCCACUUUGAGACAUCGACACUGGCAAGAAUGGAAGAAAGCAAAGACAGUAUAUGACACCAUGUCUGUUACUGGAAUUGAAAGCUCACUACCCUCCCUUCGCGGCGACAAUGCCAGUGUCAAGGAUUACGUAGCAAGGUUGGAGGAGGUUGAGGCUCAUCUGGGUUCGUUUUACAAUGACUCCAAAACCUGGAAGAAGAAUAAGUGGGACGCAGGAAAGGCAAGAAGUGAAGAAUAUGGACAUAUGGUGAACAGCCCUCUCAAAAUCAUUGGAGGGACAAUAGGGGAGAUCCAAAAAGACGAAAACAAGAUGAUUAAUGGCAUUGGCCUUGGCAAGUUCCAGUCCAGCAGAGGACUUUCAUCUCUUCACGAAAGCUUCAAGUCAUAUUUUGUGAGAACGAUGCCCGAGCUGCGAAGGAUUCGUUUGCCAGGUAGACAUAAGGAGGCUUUACUGCAAGAAGUCCAUCACAGAGACGUAAUGGCAGGCCACAACAUUGCCAAUGCAGUCCGCGGCCAGCUAAUCAACCAACAGCGACCCUCAUAUCUUCAACCACAGGAUGAAGCUGGCAACUUUCUCUGGAUGGUACAGAAAGUCCCGCUCAUGGAUGCCAGCAGUUCUGGAAGCGGAAGCCAGGGGCACAAGCGCCAACCAAUGACGGAAGGGUCAGAGCCAAAACGAGUUCAAAUAGAUUAA